CGCGGCGGAGAGUGCAGAGUCAUCUGGAGGAUCACAACUUUACCAAAUCUUUCAUAGCCUAUCUGCAAAUUACCUGAGUGUCCGCAGUAAUCUGUAGAUUAAGCACAACAUAGAUUCAGUUGUUAAAUAUUUCAAAAACACGAGAAACAAGAACAAAAACAAAGUUUUAAAUAUAAGACUGGGAAGCUCUUGUUUAUGUGAGAGUUCAGCGUUACAGCAUCUGCAUAUGUGCGCACCGCUGGUGCCAGACGCGCGUUUCCAGCCCGCGCUUGUGAUGCGAUGCCCCGCAACCACAGCGGCGAUGAGGGCGGAACUGGUCUCUGGAUGAAGACCUCUCAGCAGUAUGGAAUGAAAGAUGUUGAAGCCGGUCGUGGAACGAUGAACAACGCGACCAAGACAGUCGACAGUCUGCUGUCGGCGCCCGGCACAGCAGGUGCAGGAGGUUCGGAGAACCUGAGGAGAAAGCAGGGUGCCCGGCUGAGCCUGCUCGGGAAACCGCUCACCUACAGUGCGCAAAGCGGCCGGCGAAACGCGCGCUACAGGAAGCUCCAGAACUAUCUCUACAAUGUCCUGGAACGACCGCGUGCCUGGGCAUUCGUUUACCAUGCCUUUGUGUUCACCUUGGUGUUUGGCUGUCUGGUCCUGUCUGUGUUCUCCACCAUCCCUGUUCAUAUGGAGCUCUCCAAUCACUGUCUCAUCAUACUGGAGUUUGUCAUGAUUGUUGUGUUUGGUCUGGAGUACAUCAUUCGCAUCUGGUCGGCCGGAUGCUGCUGUCGCUACAGGGGAUGGCAGGGUCGACUGCGCUUUUCGAGAAAACCGUUCUGUAUCAUCGACAUUAUUGUGCUCAUUGCAUCCAUCGGCGUGGUUUCAGCUGGUAGCCAGGGCAAUAUUCUUGCCACGUCUGCACUUCGCAGUCUGCGUUUUUUACAGAUCCUGCGCAUGGUGCGUAUGGACAGGCGAGGCGGUACCUGGAAACUGCUGGGAUCUGUUGUCUACGCUCACAGCAAGGAGCUUGUGACCGCCUGGUAUAUUGGCUUCUUGGUGCUGAUCUUCUCUUCGUUCCUAGUCUACUUGGUGGAGAAAGAAUUUAACACACAGUUUGCCACCUACGCAGAUGCUCUUUGGUGGGGUACGAUCACCCUCACCACCAUUGGAUAUGGAGAUAAGACUCCACAAACCUGGACAGGGAGGCUUCUUUCUGCAGGGUUUGCUUUGCUGGGCAUCUCGUUCUUUGCUUUGCCUGCUGGUAUUCUUGGCUCUGGCUUCGCUCUGAAGGUUCAAGAGCAGCACAGACAGAAGCACUUUGAGAAGAGGAGAAACCCAGCGGCCAGCCUGAUACAGUGUGUGUGGCGUAGCUAUGCGGCUGAUGAGAACUCGGUUUCCAUUGCUACCUGGAAGCCUCAUUUGAAGGCGUUGCAUACCUGCAGCCCUGCAAAGAAAGACCAGGGGGAAACCAUCAGCAGUAAGGGUCAUAGUAAUAGACAGAGGCUCUUCAGGAGGUAUACCACACGGAAAUAUAGCCAAAAGCUUAGUUUUCGGGAGCGUGUGCGCAUGGCCAGUCCUCGCGGUCAAAGCAUAAAGAGCAGGCAGAUGUCGGUGAAUGACCGGCGCUCUCCCGGCACAGAGGCAGGUGUAGAGGGCAGCAGUCCUGCUAAGGUCCAGAAGAGUUGGAGCUUUAAUGAUCGGACUCGAUUUCGCCCGUCUCUUAGACUCAAGAGCCAGUCGCGCACAACAGCUGAAGCCGACACCAAUUUUGGAGCAGAUGAUGCUUUCGAUGAGAAGGGAUGUCACUGUGAUGUGACUGUGGAAGAUCUGUCUGCUCCGCUGAAGGCAGUCAUCAGGGCCAUCAGGAUAAUGAAAUUCCAUGUGGCCAAGAAGAAAUUUAAGGAGACGCUGCGGCCGUAUGAUGUGAAAGAUGUGAUUGAGCAAUACUCUGCUGGCCACCUGGAUAUGUUGUGUCGUAUCAAGAGUCUCCAGACUAGGUUGGAUACCAUUGUGGGUCCACAGACCCUGAGCGGCAAAGCCAAGACCUUUUCUUCUCCCUCCCUGCACUUGUAUUACAGCCAGGCCAAGAAGAAACACUCUGCCUCAGGACUUGCUACAGCAGUUGGUCCACAUCUGAGCUCCAAAGCCAGGAACCUUUCUUCUCCCUCUCUACACAUGUAUUACAACCAAAGCAGGAAGAAGAGCUCGGGAGUGGAUCAGAUACUGGGAAAGGGCCAGAUUUCUGUAGACAGGAGAGGCCGAGAGAAAAUCCUCCCAGAAGGCGAAGCUCUGGAGCAUGACAUGAGUAUGCUUGGCCGUGUCUGCAAAGUAGAGAGACAAGUGCAGUCCAUUGAGUCCAAGCUCGACUCUUUGCUGGAUAUAUACCGUCAGGUGUUGCAGAAAGGGUCCUCCUCAAUGUUGGGUCUAUCUGCCUUGCCUCUAUUUGAGCUGGAUCAAACCUCUGACUACCAAAGCUCCAUCCACAGUAAAGACUUAUCCUCCUCUUCUCAGCUUACGGCUAACAGCGUGUCUCACUCUGGCAGCAGUAACCUGCACCGUGGCCUGCAUCUUGCCCUGACCCCCAGUGAACUCAACCUGGGUACAGGUUAUACGCCUUCGGCCUCCUCCUUCUCACCUUCCCCCCUACUCAACAAUCAACCCUCCAGCCCUGACUGUUUUUACCCAGCGUCCCCACCUCCCAUCCUCACCCCCAAUAACCUUUCUAGAAGCCACCAGAGGUUCCCUGAGCUGACCAGGCCUGUGCCCACCCCCCAUUCGACCUCAACCACCCUUCAGCUUCCGCCUUUGGUUUCUGCGCUUCAGUGCAGGCCCACUAGCCUUAUCCCAGAAACGUUACAGGAGAGCAGGGCGGAGUGCCCAAACUCUUGCCUGCUGAGUAUCCAAACUGCGGUUAAGUUAGACGGAGAGGCCGAUAAUAUGGAAAGCACGGUACAGCUGAGGAACAAGCCGGAGCGUAGCUCCAAGGAAGAGGGGUCCUGGAGGAGACACUUAAGCCUCGAUAUCGAUCCUUUGGGGCUCAUGUCUUCUCCAGCAACCGCCUCGCUGCAAGUCGAGCGCGGGCUCGGUAAGUCUCUCUCUGCUCAGAACCUCAUGCUGCCGUCUGCUGGGGACUGCCACCCCAGCUUGUCCACUCGGAGCAGCGGCAGUAGCAACAACGAAUCCAGUGACCGGGAGCCGCUGACCGACUGGGGCGAUACAGAGCUGUUCAUCAAUGAUAAAGAGAUGGACACCAUGGAGGGUGACCACUACCUCCUCCAUCACCAACAAAGCACCGAUAUGAUCUUCUCCUCUGAACUGCUGCGGACUGGAGCCAGCGGGUCAUAUCCCAGUGAGGCCGGACCAAGAGAUAGCCCGGAGUCCAAUAACCUGACUCACGUCUGUUUAGAAUAACCCCGGAGAAUGUGGAGAAUGGACACAACCUCGUGUCCCUUGUGUGCUUUUUCCCAAAGGAAAUGGAGUGUCCAAUUCACUCUGCAUCUUUUCUAAUUUUCACAGAAAAAAGAUACGAUGCUCAUACGUUUAUGUUUAUACGUACAUAUCAAUGCAUGAACAGUUUGUCAAAAAAAUAUGAUUUUUUAUCAGUGGGAAACUGAUGGAGAAGAAGCAUUAAAGGUUAUGGUACUGAAUGAUCUCUACUUUCGGACUCGCAUGGGAACGGCAUGUUUAAAAUCCAAAAGCAGGUUUGGAAGUGUGUGUAUGCACUCAUAGUAACAAGCUCUUGCUCAGAAGUUUCACUUCCUUCUGAAUGUUUUGCAAUCCACUCAUUGCAUGUGUUGAGGAUUAUGGGAGGAAGAGCAGAAAACCAGAUGGUUACUUCUGAAAAUGUUAAGCCUACUAUGCAAACCUCAGCCAAUCAGCAGGGUUUGCAAGAAACGUCAGAUAAAAGAACAGAGACCAAAUGCAUCUUCACACUGUAGCCUACACAGAGUGUAUUUUCUUAAUUUAACUAUAUGCUCUAAAUUUUGAGGGUUUAGUAUUUGAAUGCUUCAUGGAAGGGUUUUGUUUGGUUUAAGUUUAGUUUGGAGAAGACAAAGAUUUCAGAGUUUUCUUAUUCCAGAGUUUUCACAUGUGGACGUUUGGCUGCUAAAAUGUGAAAUAUGAGGAACAGAUCAUAUCCCUUUCAUUAACACAAUAAAUCAACAGUUGCAAUAUCAUAACUUACAAUUGUAAUUAUUACUUUUUUAUGUUUUUUUUUUUGCUUAGUGACCUGCAUUUGUUUAAUAAGAAAUGAAAUAAUGAUUUUGCUGUCAAGUAGAAAGUCAUAACAAAGUGUUUCUGUUGGAACAGCAGCAAUAUUUAAUUUGUGUUUUAUUUUAUAUUAGUUUUUAACGUCUGUAGCAAUCAUACAGUAUCUAAAUUUCUUAAACCUAAACCUCAGCUUUGUAACCUCUGUUCUACGUUCCAUGCUUCUGAACGGUACAAUAAGUGGUUUCGCUAAAACGCUGUCUAUAUAACUUAGAAUGUAACUUGUAUAUCGUUAUGUGUAUGUAGAAUGAUAUCCAUAAUUAUCUGUUUUAUUUUAUUUUGUUUUGUUAAAAGCAUCUGAGGUGUACAUUAAGGAUGUUUUUGGCACUGUACAAAUGAAAGCACAACUGUUCAGGGGUCUCAUUUAUAAAACUGUGCGUAUCCUUACUAAAAUUGUACGUGCGCCCGAAAUCCAAAAAUAGCGUACGCCAAAAAAAUAUUCCGACUUGUAAAACCGUGCGUACGCACACCUGAAAGCAAUUCGCUUUAUAAAUCACCUGCAAGUGUGCGUACGUGAAUCAGCCUCAUAACCCGCCCUGCACACGCCCAUUUUUACCCAUAAAUAGUCAAUGCAAAGCACAUCAUGAUACUAAUUUGUAUAUUAAUAAAACUGGCAUCCAAUCCGCUUGUUAAGCCUGACGUCACGCACCAUAAUGGACAUAUACCGUUUCCGGGUCCAACCGCUAUCAGAUGCCAUAGGAAAAUAACAUAAACGACGUAAAACUGCAGAAAAUCCCCGAUCCCAUCCUUUAUCUCCGUAACGAAAUCACAAAUGGCCACACAUGAGAUUCACUACGAUUUACAAAUCAAUAAUUAUUAUUAAUAAUAAUUAAUCUUAUAAUUAUCUUGAAGCCAAAGAAGGUCUCUGCAGCAUUUAUAUGUUUACAGCAUUUAGACUGAUCAUUAACACCUCAUUCAAAUCACAUCAUUAGUGCUGUCAUUCACCUGAGAUCAAAUUUGAAGACAUAAUUGUACGUUUCCAGCCCCAUUUUGUGUGUAUACGCAACGUUUAUAAAUGAGACCCCAGAUGUGAAAAGGAAACCUGCAAAUGUGAUGAAUUGUUUUUAAAUGAAUAUGCUUUAAAUAUGAUUCAUAAUCCAGGCAUAGAUGAGAUGCUUAUAAUGUUUUCGAGUCCAUAUGAAUUAUAGUCAUCUGAAAUUCGAACUAAGAACAUGCCGAGAGCUGUGGAACUAAUUCAUGCUUGAAUUGCAGAAAAAGGUUGUACAGAUUUUUUUGUCUUUGUAACACAUUAAUAUUACAAUUGCUAUUACUUUUCUGAACGUUUUCUUUCAUUUGUAAUUGAAUGUUUUACGGUGCCUUUUUGCAUUUUAUUAAACAUUCAUAAAACUUCUGUAUUCAUAAGAGCACUCUUAUCUUUAACUCUUAUUGAAAUUAUGUUUGUGUUUCGAUAAUUGCACAUUCUCUGUUUGGCUGUGAAUUUAGAGCGUCUGUCAGUUUGAGCAACGUUUCUUUGUUUUACUACUUGAUCAAAUAAUUUAUUACACAGAAACUGGCCUUAAUAAACAUGCUUGAUAAUGUUAGAGUUCUCUGUCAUUCAGAAUAAUUUAUUUCAUCAUUGUGCACAUAACAGAGUUGAUGCUCAUGGGAUUGAAAAAUGCAAAAUGAAAAUUUAUGAUCAUCAUAAUACUUAAAUAAACAAGAGACUUGAAACUCAGCCCAGUCCUCUUCAUUAACGUC